GCAAUUUUCUUAUAGAAAUAGCAAAAUGUAAUUUUUUUUCUUUUCAAUGGAAGGCUUAAAAGCCUGAAAUUGUCUGGACAUACAGCGUGAACAGUGUUCCGAUUAAACAAGUCACUUAGCUGAAUGACGAUUUACGAGUUAUGUAAAGAUUUUAAAAUAUGCCAAUAAAUUUAACGAAUCAUUAAUUAUAAAGUAAAUGGUAUAUGUAGUUGAGGUUCACACACUCUCUCUUUCUUUUCUUGAAUGUUCUUUUUUCUUACUUUAUGUCUACUUUAAUUUCUAGAAGACAUUGGCUUCGAGGCUCCAGAAACCAAAAUGUUGUCUUGCCUCUAAAGCUGAUAGAUCCUAGCAGCGACGAUACAGCCGUUUCAUCCCCAACGACAAUUGGUUCACCUUCCUCCGUUAAGCUCUUAUUCCCAUCUAUAUCCAUGUUUAACUUGCCCAUCCAAACUAUCCCAGAAACCACUCCUCUGCUGUCCCCACCUCCCCAAUUUGCGGUGGACAACAAACGUAAUAAAUUUCGUGUCUUUCUAAAACCACGUAAACGAGGCAUUCGAAAAGCCUAUCCUUCGGCUUUUGAAACUUUCUUGUUUGACGAUGCGCUACCGGGCUCUCCUACUCAAGGUAUUCAACCUGUCAGGCUCUUGAUUGAACGACUCGAGGCAUGGUACCUGCUGGCUAAGCGUCUUCUACAUCACUUUGAAGUCCUGGCCAGCGUUGAAACACGCGUGGCCAAAAAUUAUCGAAAACUUGACCGUGUCAUGAUAUUUCCGUCACCUGCUACUAAACGAUACAAUCAUCGCGUCAAGGGAGGGAAAAGAUCCUUAAACAAGAGAAAGAGGAGGCGUUUUUACAAGGAUGAAAGAUUGUUGCAGCUUCAUUUUGCUUUUCAGGGUGGCGUUCGGGGGGUGUGCGAUGCUUGGCAAGAUUACCAUUCAAAUACAACCAAAGACCAUGCUGAAUUUGCUACAUUUUUAAGAAAUGAAGCUAUACCAACAUUGGCCAAUAUUAAGCGAGAAUUGAAGUGGAUGAUUAAAUCCAUUCGUUCCGAUGACCGUUUGUCGCUGUCUACUUUGACAACGCUGAAAAGAGAGGCGGCAGAUCGACUAAAGCAGUUGGAUAGACAAUUAGUAUUUUUUGAUGAGCAUCCAUACCAUGGCCACAGCAAAACUGAUCCAUGGCUAAUGAAUGCAGCUGUUGUUAAACAAAUGGUCAAAGUUUACCGCCAAGAGAAUAAGAUCCAUGAGACAGUUCUUCGACUUCAACGAGAAACCUUGAUCUCGGAAGAACAACUUGUAGAAGAAUUCCGGCGAUUAUGCCAGCAUAUUUAUAGCAUGCGCGAAACCUCUACUUUGGGUACAGACCGAGGUCUUGAAUCCAUCAUGGAAACCUUUAAUAAUAUCAAGAUGGACAGCGAUUGGCUUCAUUUCUGUCAACAGCACAAUGAUCAUUUAGUGUCUGAGACUGCAGCGUUUCGACAUCCAGAUCAUCUCCAAUACCCAAACCAUUCACACGCCCUACUUCAACCUAUUUUUGCCGCGCGCAUGGAACGAAAAUCCCUCAUUCUUCAUCACUGGCAUGAAUACAUUUAUGUGCUGACCCCUGCCGGCUUCUUGCAUGAAUAUCGUAACGGCAAGGACUACCCAUCGAAACCAGACGCCACUAUUUUUGUACCUCAUUACAAAGUUUCGUCGUUAUCUACUAACCUCCACCAUAACUUGAUCUUUCAAUUACAACCUCAUUCGGCGUCAAGAAACCUGCUAAAGAACCAAGGAUGCCCUACUGUCUUACCCAAGGAAUGGAGAACGACCAAGCCAAGGUUAGGUUGUGUUGACCGUUUCACAUGGACCUUGAGAGCAAAAUCUGCAGCAGAUAUGGAGUCGUGGAUUCAGCAUUUGACCGAUAGUUCGGAAAGGUAUAGGCCAUCCGUAGUGAACCAUUUUAUUCCGCCUAUUCAACCCGAUAUUGUGAUUUCUCCUGCAGCGGAAGAGGAAGCUCCUCCACCCGAGGAACCUGUUGCUGAGCCGGAAAUUGAAGAUCCUACUCCGGAGCCUGAGCCUGCUGUUGAGCCUGCUGUUGAACCCGAGGUUGUUGAACCUGAGGCUGAACCUGAGGCUGAGCCUGCCGCUGAGCCAGUUGCUGAUCCUGAACCUGAAGCUGCAGCUGAUCCUGAACCUGAAGCUGUUGUUGAAGCUGCUGUUGUUGAAGCUGUUGUUGAACCAGCGGAUGAACCUGUUGCUGAAGCUGAAGCUACUCCUGAGCCUGUUGCUGAAGAACCUCCUGUGGAUACUCUUGUCAUUGAAUAAUUAAGCUUUCUCCU